AGGUGGCGUAAUGCACAUCCAAUUUUUGCAAACGCCAUUAUGCCAGAGAAGAAGAUGCCUGGCAAGAGUGAGGCGCGCAAGGGACGAUACAUAUUCUAGUCACUCUCGUCGAUUUUGUUCGUGUUAUGGAAAAACGUAAACUUCAUCUAAGAAAUAUGUUACCUGAAUGCCUUUGUCCUUUACAAUGGAUUCACCUGCUGCAGUUUUUUUCCGGUGACUUAGUGCGAUAGUUUAAAAAACUAGUUGAUUUCCAGGAAUAUUUAUGCAAUAUAACUGCUGUGACGAAGAAAUUAGCUAGUAACGUUAGCUAGCUAACCUUGCUUCUUGUUAGCUAGGUAACGGGCAGAUAAGGAAUUAUUUCUGCAAUUGUGGUUGGCUAGUCCGUACCUAGCCGGUUAAACAAUCUAGAACUGGGGACCAUAAUCCAAAAAGUCAAGGAAAGUCGCUUGUCGAAGAGUUGUUGAGUCCUGCGUUCUCGGCAGGGGUGUCCCACACACAGUCAACAGUCAAGCCGGGAGAAAAACACCCCAGCUGCUAGCUACCUGGUAGCUACCACCACAACGGGCCUUGUUGCUGAGGCGACAAUGCUUGAAAUAAUGUCUGAACACCAAGAUUCGUUAUUGAAGUGCAAAACGGAGACUCUGCCUCCAGAGAGGAGAAAGAGGACCGUCGAAGACUUUAACAAGUUCUGCAACUUUGUCUUGGCAUAUGCAGGCUAUAUCCCCAAUCCUAAAGAGGAAGGUCCGUGGUCGCCAGCGUCCUCCAGCUCCCCACACAGCUCAGGGGCAUCGGGAGAAAGUGGAAGCGGCGGCAGCUCUGGGGGGGCCAGCUGGGGAGACGGAGGCAAUGACCUGCACACCAUCCACACGUUUGUCCACAAGGCUCGUGCCAACAAGGGUAAGAGCAUGCGCCACAUGCACUCGGACAGCUCCCUGCUGGACAAGAUGCGGCUGAAAGACUCUUUGUACGACAGCCAGGCUGCCAGCAAGGCAGAGCGCAAGAAGGACAAAAAGCUCAAAAAGUUGUCAAUGGGUUCCGCCAUUGGUGGUGCGGCUGACAGCGGGAGCAGUGGCGGUGAGAAGAGGGCCCGCAUCAAGCGCAGCAAAAAUCCCAAGCAGCCCAAAGCCCUCAAGAAGCUUAAGAGCUCGGCCACCCAAAGUGAGACAGACUCUGAGACCGGCCACGCCCACCCCGGGGAGCGCUCGGUCCAAGAGCACCUGACAGGGCACAGUGUCUCCUCCCCAGGGAUGCAGGGGCUGGCCAAGAUGCAGGCAGGGAUGCAGGGGCUGGCCAAGAUGCAGGCGGAGGAGUCCAACCGGGACGCAGAGAUAAGUUCGAGCGAAGGUGAGACAUGGAUAGCCGACGAGGACAUCAUGGUGGAGUCAGGUGAUGACUCUUGGGACUUGAUCACCUGUUACUGCGGCAAGCCGUUUGCGGGGCGACCGAUGAUCGAGUGCAACCAGUGCGGAGUGUGGGUCCAUCUGUCAUGCGCCAAGAUCAAGAAGUCCAACGUCCCUGACAUCUUUUACUGCCACAAGUGCAGGGACACGCGACGGUCGGGGCCAAAGAAAGACCCCUAAAGAUAGAGGGGUGGGAGGGACAAAAUCCCUCUUAUAUCCCUUUUCAAUCUACCCUUUUUUUCUGUGUACUAUUACAACCAAGUUUUUUUUCUGCAAUGCCAACAGCUGAUUGUUAACCCUCAUCUGGACGGCAACUGUAUUAUUAGUUUUUUUCUAGGUGUUUUUUUGACAAUCACCAUCCCCACUUAUUCAUGUAGGUUCUUUGUCAUGUUCUGCCUCUGUGAAAACUGUACUAAAACAGGAAGACAUUGGAAGGAGAUCUUUUUAUUAUCUGUAACAUACAAAUAGACACACUUUUGCUCCGUAGUCUUACUAAAUUGAGACUGGCUUCCUUUUUUUUCUUCAUUGAAAUGCUAAGGCAACCAUACAGAGAUCCAUUUCCUGGCUUUUACAUUAAGGUCAUAGCAUAAGGUGCAUGACAUGGUAUAGAUAAUUAUUUAUUUACAACAUUUGAUGGGCUGCUUUUCUGUCAACGUUCAAAGGAAAAAGCUAGUAUUUUAUAAUGGUACAUCCACUUUUGUCAGACCCUCUGUAACCAGUGUUCAAUGCGACUGCCACACCAUGGCAGAGGCACAACAAAAAAAUAUUUUUAGGUCUAGAAAGGGUCUCUCGUGUUGUUUUUUUGCUACUUUUUUCUUAUGUAAGCUUUCAAUUUUGGCAUUUGUUUAUUAGUUUCUGUCUUACACUCAGUACCGCUUGCCAAAGUGUUAAGCCCCUAUAGGAUUUCUCUCAUCAGAGGUUUUCUGAUUGAAACAAUACCAUAUCAAAUUUGAAUGGUUCGAUCUAUUCCAUAGAAAUAUGCACAAACUUGUGCUACAACAGUGCCCUAAAAGUCAAGCCCAAACCAAACACCCCUUUUUUUGUGGUUAUUUCAUUUGAAAGUUAAUUGCUUUUGGCAAUUGCUAAUACACUAACUUUUAAACUAAGGUCUGUGCUGUAAAGUUUUUAGAUCCAGCCCAUAACCAGUAAAUGCAUUUUUUUUUGUCAACUGGUGCAGUAUAAGCUUUGAGGAGUGGGUCAACAUCUGCUACAUCACCACUUGAUUACUUUGAGUUCCCUCUGCAUGACAAUGGAAUACCAUGACUACCCUUUGGUUGCGGUUUGACUUGGCGACAGACUUCAAAAUCCUCCAAUGCUUGUUCUGUGCUUUUUUUGUUGUUUUUAUUCACAUUUGUGCGUUUUGUUUUUCAUUAGAGACUUCUGGUUUGGGAGAUUGACGUGAUUGUUGUAAACUGUCGUGACGGAAAAAGUUGGAGCCAUUUCACCUUGUAGAAGUGGCUUGAACAUCUUUUUGCAUGAAUGGUUGUAAAAUAUAUAUUUUGUAUUUCAUGUUAUUAUUUUUGUUUAAAAGUUCAGAAAACUCUAGUUGAGAUUUGUUUCCAAAUCAGAGAACAUACAAAUCCCUCACCCUCAUAAUUCUCAUUCGUGAAACAAAGUAGACUGUUUGUAUUGUACAGAAAAGUAAGUUGAUAUCACCAGAGUUGUGGCAGGUCCUUUUAUGUUGGUUGGUUUUACCUUGCUUUUUGUUGGUGGGAGAGUCAUGUUUAGUCCCCAAAAAGCAAAUGCACUCUCUCCACCACCCUUCGAUUCUCUGUAUAUACCCUGUUCUUCGAUAACUGUACAUAUUUGAAAGUGAAAAGAGAGGAAAAGAAAGCCUAGCAGAUGUUAUAUUUUCGGCCUCUGGUAUUGUUUUUCUUUAACUGUAGCUUGAAAAAUAAAAUCUUUUUUGGGGAUCA